AUGCAGUCGACGCAGUCGGAUGACCUGCACGUCCAGAUCGUCCACUCGGGACCGACAAAGUGUAUCCACGCGCCCAAGUCUGCCGGUGUAGACCGACUGUUCACAGGUGGAGAUGAUUUCCUCGUCCGCAUCUUGCCCACCUUACCUCUGCCAGGCGUAGAGCCACACCUUAUCGAGGAUGCUACAGAGCCCGUCACUUGGCUCGACGCCGACGAUCGCUUCCUCGUCACUGCUUCCGAAGACGGCUCCGUUCGCCUCUACCGACACCACCCCAUCGACUCGGAAGGCAACGCGGCGUCGCCCACAGUCCUCCAAUCUCUGCUGCGUCGCGAAUCUCUGCCUCUGCGAUGCGUAGCUUUGGAACGCUCCGUCAAGAGCGGCAAGGCUCCUCGCGUCGCAGUCUGCUCCGACGAGCUCAUUGUCAAGAUCAUUGACGUCGAGGACCCGCGACGCAUCCAGCUUCUCGAUGGGCACAACCGCGGCCUCCGCUCAGCCUCAUGGAGUCCCGUGGCACCCCUCCUCGUCACCUGCUCUACCGAUGGCAUUGCUCGCGUCACCGACCUCAGCGAUGUUGAGCCCAAAUUUAUCAAGUCGAUCGAGGGCAUCCUGCCCGCCACACGCGCCGAGAGCGACGAGGCGGUCCAGGCGUGCUGGCAUCCAUCGGGCACAUACUUUGUUAUGCCUUCCAAGGCGCACGAGCUCGUCAUCGUCAGCGCUGCCAACGACUCGUCUGCUUGGUCGCGAACGGGCAGUUUCUACGCCAGCGCUGCCGGUCCUGUGCCCGUGCCAAGUGGCAGCGUCACUGCGCUCGCCUUCUCGCCCAACGGCCGCUACCUUGCAUCUGCCACCACCGAGGGUCAGGUCACGGUGUGGGACGCCGAGAGCAGACAGGCUAUCCGGGCCAAGAAAGCCGACGCCCUUGUCAACGCGAUCAGUUGGCAUCCGAGCAAGGACGCGCUCGCUUGGACCGACAACGAGGGCUCCUUGGCGCGAUGGUCGGAUGUGGUGGGCACCACCCGCCCGAGCCCAUUCGAGGAAGUGACCUUUGAUGUGUCCAAGGCUGCUCGCGGAUCCCGCGGCCAGAUCGAUGACAUCUUUGCAGGCACUGGUCUAUCGGACGAUGAGGACGACGACGCGGCCCCCGAAUCGCGCCGCGGCGAUGACGCAGAUGGGAUGGACGACUUCGUGGUCGACGACGAAUCACGCUCUCGCAGGUACGGUGGUCCGUCCUCCCGCUCCUACCCCCGAGGCGAGAACGGUGGUGUUGCGGGCCCUGGCGGCUUCAUGGUAGCUGCUACACGCGCACAGGACGCCUUCCAGCCCACCUCGACGCCCUUCCGUGGUCAGCGCCGCUACCUCGCCUACAACCUGCUCGGCUCGGUCGUCGCCGUCGAGCAGGACUCGCACCAGACCAUCACAUUCGAGUCCUUCGACACCUCGGCUCGGCGCAACUUCCGCUUCUCGGACAUGAACAGCAUCAGCAUGGCGGCGCUCGCCAAGCAGGGCAUUCUGUUCGCGUCCAAGCAGCUGCCCGAGCAGUCGAGCAGCGUGUUUUUCAAGCCGUUCACCGCGGCGAGCAACAACCUUUCGUCGGAAUGGACGUUCAACUUGGAUCAAGGUGAGGAUGUGGAUGCGGUGGGACUGGGUGGUAGCGGGUUGCGCACGAUCUCGGAGGAUGGCUGGGAGGAUCAAGAUCCCAGCCGGUCUGGAGUAGGUAUCGCUGUGGUGGCGACGUCCAAGGGCUACCUGCGCUUCCUGUCUGCUAGCGGCAUGCAGCUUUACCUGUGGGCCAUCGGGCAUCCUGUCGUCACCCUGGCUGUGGGCGCCAAGACGGCACUCGUCGUCUACCGCAGGGCAGGUCUGCCGUCCGGCGGCUUCCAAGAUCUCGGCUACAAGCUCAUCGACCUGUCCAACUUCGACGUCAUCCAAGACGACAUCCUUCCGCUCACCAAGGACGCCCACCUUCGCUGGGUGGGCUACAACGAGCAGCACCAGCCCGCGUUCUACGACACCACCGGCGUCCUCUACGUCCUCGAUCGCGCUCACCGCCCCCGCCAAGGCCGCUGGGUACCCAGCCUCGACACGAAGCGCAUCCGGGACACGGCCUCCGCCGACGCCUCCGACGCGGCCCUCCGCGCAGCCAGCACGCUCGGCUACUGGCCCAUCGCACUCACCUCGUCCAAGCUCAUGGUGCUGGCGCUCAAAGGCGGGCGCACGCAUCCGGAAGUCGACGGCACCCGCCAUCUCAUCCAGGAGCUCGAACUACAACUCCCCCUCGUUCAUCGCGAAGGCGGUACGGGUCCGCUCGAGGAGAAGAGUUUGCGCGAGAGCAUGCUCGCCACCGCCGCACGGGACGUCAAGAACGCCGGCCUCGACAGCGACGACACUCCGGAGAUGGACGCGAUGACGCUCGAGAUGAGUUCGGAUAAAGCGCUGCUGCAGCUGAUCCAGCUUGCGUGCAAGGCGGACAAGCAUGGGAGGGCACUGGAUGCUGCGAGGGCGUUGCAUUCGACGAGGACGCUGGAGGCGGCGCUCAAGAUCGCGGCGUUCUUCCAUUUGUCCAGUUUGGCGGAGAGGAUGGUGGCGUUGAAGGAGGGGUUGGAGGGCCGAGCGGAGAGGGUGGAGGAGGAGAGUCGACGAUGGUGUGAUCCGAGCGUGCGAGGUGGGCCGAGUUACUCGAAUCCGGCGCUGGUGGAGAUCAUGACUCGAGCUGGAAGCAGUGGUGGCAGGGAGUCGCAUGCGAGCAUCCGCAAGCGAGCGUCUGCUGCGCUGGGCGAAGACUUCCUCCCCACGCCGCCUCGGGUCUCAAGCGGCCUACGAGCAGCCGAGCACCGAUUCGACAGCCUUCCAUCUGCGCCCUCGUCCUCCUCGAUCGUGGGCUCCACCUACACCACCCGCUCCCCCGCCCCCACCGGCGAUCCCGAAAGCAUGAUCCUCGACGACCCCGUCUCGGUGGACAAGGAGAACCACUACUCCCGCUCCUCCGGAAAGCGCAAGUCUCCCUCUACGGACGACUACGAGCCCGCUCCCGCAGGACGAACCCUCAUCAUGCCAUCGAAGAGCGCCAAGUCGCUCAACCCGUUCGCGCGCACCUCGUCCAACGUCACCGCCGCGCCCAAGGACAAGCAGAUGCACAAGUCGACGUCGUUCUUCGAGCGCAUCGAGCCGUACGAGAAGGAGAGCGCCAAGGCUGCCGCUGCGGUGGUGGCCAAGCAGUCGUUGUUGACCGGGUUUGUGCGCAAGGAUCCGGCUGCACGGGGUGAUGUGUUCGGCGAGACGCAGUACGGUGAGGACGGGGAGAGGGACGAGAGUCUGCAGCUGACAUUGGAACGUGCUGCGGCAAGGGCGAGCGAUAGGGAGGCGGACCCUAUCAGGGGGGAUGCCCUGCCAGAGACGAUGAGGAGGGCGGACGGUGAGACGCUGGAUUCCAUGGAGUCGUCGGUCAUGGUCAAUGGUGCCGUUGAGGUGUAG